AAUCCCAUACUUUACGAUAACGCUUACAUCAACGUCGAAGACCACAAGGAAUCCAUUCUCAAAACCUACGCCCUGAUGGAAAAAUUCCUACGUUCCUACCCUUGGAUAGCUGGAAAAAGGGUCACCAUCGCGGAUCUGAGUCUGAUCCCAUCCAUAACAUCACUGAACGUGAUCGUACCGAUCGACAAAGAGGAUUAUCCCAACUUGGCCAAGUGGAUAGAAAAAGCCGAAACCCUGCCUUGUUACGUGGAAAACCAGAACGGUUUGAAUCUUCUGAGAGAUUUGUUGAGUAACCGUUGUUGUUGUCCCUGUUGAACCUUGAAAGCAACAGAGAAAACUUUUAUGAAUGUUUAUAAUCUUAGGCUAAGUAUAAGUAGGACGAACUAAAAGGUUUAUAAUAUACCUCCUAGAUGUAAUUUUUAAAGCUCGAUUAUUGUCAGUGUUCAGUUAUAUAGGGAUUGGAGUUGAAUUAUUAAAAAUUUAAAAAAAAAACAUAAAAUGUUAUCAAUUUCAACUACUACUAAACCGUGUACUUCAGUGUUGUCAUGUCAUAAAUAUCACGUAACACUUUCAGGGACUUUUUUCCAUUUUAUUAUAUCUGGCAAGUUUAUUUUGGUUCAAUUUUGAUUUGAGAAAAAUCAUUGAAAUAUCGAAAUGUUUGUUUUUAUGCAAAAAUCAUCAAUACAUUUGUUAAUGAAUUUUACAUAAGGAAUAUAAUUCGUUAAAUAAAUGAAUUAUAUAUAAUAAUAAAGUAGUAGUGUAUAAAAUUUAAGUCAAUUUUAUAAUGACCGAUUUCUAUAUUUACCUAUAUGGAAUGACAUUUUAAUUCAGUCAGACAAUUAAUUGUUUCUUAUCAAAAAUUGAAAUAAAUUAUAAUUAUUGUGAUAUGUAUAUCAAAAAAUUAAGAAAAAUAAUAAUAAAAAAAAAGAAUUUAAACUAUAUUGUUUUAUUAAGAGUAAAAAUGAUACUUUUUGUUCCGAGGCAAAAAUAGUAUAUUGUUUUAUUAGGAGUAAAAAUCAUGUAAAAAUGACGCUUGAGGAAAAAAUGACACUUGUAAGUUUGAUUUAGCUUGGUUGACAUACAUUUGAUUUGGUUGACAUACAGCCGAAGCACAAAAAGUCAUUUUUACUCUGAAUAGAACAUACUAUUUUUUUUCAAACGCCACAAAUAAUUUUUUAAACAAUUUCAAAUGUUCCAAAUAAUAUAGACGAUUUAAAAGUCAUAGGCGUAAAAGUGAUUUACUUUUAUGCUUAGGCGUUAAAAUGACUUUUUUUAUUGUUAAUCACGUCGCAAAAAUUAAUACUUUUGUGACGUGUGAAAAAAAAAGAAUAUUGUUGUCUGCAACUGUCCUGCUGAAUGGGAUUGUUAUAAUUUCAUAGAUUAAUUAUUGUUAAAGAUUGUUGUAUGUAGAUGUCGGUAGCGAUUAUUUUUCUUAUGUAAAAUUUAUUCUAAACUUUUUAGUGCCAGUCUUAUCUGUUAUAUAACACAUUAAACUUUUUAUAGCUUUACUUUGUGUUGAUAUUGUUUCUGUAUGUUUUUAGUUUUAAAUAUAUCUAAGUGUUAUAAUUUUUUGGUUUGGUUUGACAUUUUUAUAGUACUAAUCAAAUCUAAAUCAAAAAUUAAACUUUUCCAAAAAAGAGAACAAAUUUUCUUUUUACAUUUAUAAAGAAUUGUCAUACGACAUAGUGUAGAGGUUAUUUGCCACUUACUAUACUUUUUAUAUUAUGAAUAGUGAUGUUGAUUUAGUGAUUAGCAGAAUUUGCUCUCGCGGAGUUCAGCGUGGAUGCAUCUUCUGUAUUUUUUUGUUUUAUGACACAUGGUAAUUUUAAAAAUUGCCAAGAUAAAACAUGUAAAAAAUAAGAAUAUUAUUAAAAGGAACUUUGUUACAAGUUCAUAACAGAUAGCAAAAAUAUCACAUCUAUGUGUUAAUUUUAAUAAAUAAAUAUAUACUUUCAAAAAAUACAUUUUCUGAAAAAG